UGUAGAGCUUGGCGGCCCCCAAAUAUUUUGUUACCCGUCCCGGGAAUGACCCAGGAGUGAGCCCAGGUGUGCGCAAGGGGUGUCUCCAAAACUCAGUCGGGGCGACCCCAACCCCUCACAUUCUGGAAGGCACCCCCACGUCCUUGGGCGCCACCCGCACUCCACACCCGCGCUAUCGUCUCCCACCCACGGGGGUGGGUGCGCAUUUGUGCUGUGCUGGGAGGAGUGUGACAUGGAGGCUCUCACCCCCUCCAGUUUAGAAAUGCGCCCGGGGAAGGGGUGGCCCCGGAGGGUGGGGGCAGAAGGCGGAGGACGGCGCGCCGGAGCGGAGGCUUGGGCGCCCGCAGUGAUUAGCAGCCGCCGCGCGACCCCGGAGGGAGGGCGGACUCUUCCUGAAGCUUCGCCUCCCCCUCCUCCCCGCCCGGUGCUCCCCUUUUAAAGGAGGUCUCACAGACUGAGCUGUCUGCAGCCCGCGGGUCGUUUGUAUUUGGCCGCUGUGGGUGACAGGCGGGGGGCGCGGAGGCGGAGGCAGGGGCGGCUGGUCUUGGAGACCCGCACGUGGGGAGCCGGUUCUCCUGCCCUCGGGCUUCGCUCGGGACUCGCAGGCGGCCGCUGGUCAGGACGCAGAGCAGCCCUCGAAGGGCCGUGUGGGGCGCUACGACUCCGGUGGGGGCCGAGGAGGGCGGCGGCCAGGGGCCCGGAGAGCGAUGAGCCUCCCGCCGGCCCUCGCCUGCGCGCCCCCGCCCGCCAUGCCGACCCCCCGCCUGCAGAGAGCGCGGCGCAGCCCCUGCGGCUCCCCGGGCCCCCGCUAGCCCGCGCGGGAGGGGCCUGGACCGCGGGGAACAGCCGUCCACGCCGCGCAGCGCCCGGAGCCCCAGCUCAGCUUUUGCUGCCCGGCUACGGCCCCCGCCCCGCCGCCCGGUGGCGAUGGGGGCGCUGCUGGCCUUCUGCCUCCUCCUGGGUGGGCUGUGCUGGGACCCGGCGGGCGCCCAGCAGUCGGGAGAGUACUGCCACGGCUGGGUGGACGUGCAGGGCAACUACCACGAGGGUUUCCAGUGCCCGGAGGACUUCGACACUUUGGACGCCACCAUCUGCUGCGGCUCUUGCGCGCUGCGCUACUGCUGCGCGGCGACCGACGCCAGGCUGGAGCAGGGCGGCUGCACCAACGACCGCGGCGAGCUGGAGCACCCCGGCAUCACGGCGCAGCCUGUCUAUGUUCCCUUCCUGAUUGUCGGCUCCAUCUUCAUCGCGUUCAUCAUCUUGGGUUCUCUAGUGGCUGUUUAUUGCUGCACCUGCUUGAGACCUAAGGAGCCCUCACAGCAACCAAUCCGCUUCUCGCUUCGCAGCUAUCAGACAGAGACAUUACCCAUGAUCCUGAGCUCCACAAAUCUCAGGGCGCCUUCCAGGCAGUCCAGCACGGCCACCAGCUCCAGCUCCACAGGAGGCUCCAUCCGAAGGUUCUCUUUUGCCAGGGCAGAGCCAGGCUGCCUGGUGCCCUCAUCUCCCCCACCUUAUACUACAGGCCAUCCGAUCCACCUGACACAGCCUUCGGGCUUUCUGGUGUCACCUCAGUACUUCACAUACCCACUCCAGCAGGAACCCCCGCUGCCAGGGAAGAGCUGUCCAGACUUCAGUUCCAGCUGACAAGCCCUGGCCAUAAAUCCACCUCCUAGUCCAGUAGCAGGCAGAGAUGAGUGCUGCCAUAGUCACAAGUACUUCUAAGUAAAGUCCCAUGAAACCCUGCAUCACCAUGGAGGAAAACACUAGGAGUGUAUUGUGUUUUCUAGUUUUAAGGUUCCUUAUUACAGCCACAGAAUGGCUAUCUGAUACUUGUUCUCUGGCUUUGCAAGCAUGGUAGCUAUUACAUUUUGAUUUCCAGGUUGCAAAUUAGCUGGAGACAUUUUACUGGACAGACUUAACUGUUUAGAAAAGGGCUACAUUUUUUUUUCACUAUAAGUUGUUUAGUGAAUUAUAAGACAAGAAUAUACAUAAAUAAUUAAAAAUACCUAGUUGUAAUUAUAUAAAAGUUCAUUUACACUGUUAACUGCUAAGUCAAUGGAAGGGAUAGUGAACAGCCUAUUUAUAAUUUUGAGAGUAACCUAGUGGAUAUUACCAUUGUGAGAGUUGUUAAUUUUAAAACUAGUAACUAAAAUUUCUUUAAGCUGUAAGAGAUCAUUGUUCAGAAUACAACAUUUCAAUAAACACAAGAAGAAUUGAAAGUUCUACGUAUUUGCUCCGAUAUUCCCAGUAACACAGAUUUUAUGUAGAAGUAUUUACCCAACCCACCCAUGGUAUUUAUUGUAGACUUUUUCUUCAGCUGCAGUCAGUGUUUAAAAGAAAGUUGGAAAAAUGGGUCUUAAACACUCGUUUAUAAAAUGAAAUAUGUAUAAAUGUAAAGAUUUGUAAUAUAACCUAUUUACUAUAUUGACAGUACUAAUUAUAGUAGCCACACUGUAAUGUUUGUUAAUAAUAAUUGCAGAGCUUAAAGCCCACUUGAUGGUAUAACAAUCUAAUAUUUCAUAUCUUAGGUGCCAUUGAAUUCCAUGUCUGAUAACUAUAUACUUGAUAUAUACCCUGCUGGGUUAGAACAGAUGAAAUACUUCAUUUCUUUGAAAUCUAUUUGAAAUGUUAAAUCAAGGAGUUUUAUUUUGGGAGUAUCAUCUCUUUAAGGAUAGAAUUUGUUACUCAAUAAAAAUAAAUGUCUCUACUUAACACCCAUAUUUUGAAAUAAAAUAAAGAAGGCUA